CCAAUCGGUACGAACGCUUGUAGGUAGACUAAGUUAGUCAGAGGUUAAAGUUAUAUCAGAAACGCCAGUAGUUGCGAAUGGAACGCGACACUCCGAUAGAAUUAACGAGUAUUUUAACCCAGACAGAGAUAAUCGGAGUACGACAACAAAGUAUACCGCAUGCGGAGACAUCGACCGAUUGUUUGACCAAACCCACAUCUCCAUGACGACCGAAGCCACCCUGGACCACCUCCCGUCAUGCCCCUGCCCGGCACACAUGCAGGAGCCACGGAUCCUACAAAAUCUCCUCAGCGGCGCGGGCAACAUCCCUUACGAGUCCCAGUCGUGUUUCAACGGGUUCCAGGCAACCAAACUGCCAACAAGAUCUCCACACUUCUUCGAUUUUAAUCCGAAAUAUAUGGUGAGGCAGGAAUCAUUGACACCGCCAUCGUCGUUAGCGGCUUCUUCAAAAAGGAGAAUUUACGAGACAGAUAAGAAUACGGCCAGGUUGAAUCCGUCACCGAAGCGCCCUAAACUUGAAAAGUACCCCAUCACCAACUUAGGAAGCAAUGGUUCCAAUAUGAAUGAGGAGUACCUGGUAACUGCAAAUGUGCAAAUUCUUAAUAACCAAAGACGCCACGAGGAGGGCGAGGAGAAGUACAGGAUGAGCAAUCCCCUGCCCUCUUCAAAAUGGGGUUGGGGCUCUGGGCAAAAAAGUUUACCUCUUCCUCAACUCAUGGGCUUUAAAGGUAUGGACUAUUAUGAUAAAUGCAUUCUGCAGCAAAAAGGAAAAACUUCUUUGAGAUUGGCGCAUUCGGGGGUAAGAAUUGAUCAAGAGACCGCAGCAGACAUACAACUCGGGUCCGAGAGGUUCAAUGGUUUUUCCGAGUGUCGGUCUAUAAGCAACAGUCCUAAGUCCACCCCAAGUCCCCUUGGUUGCUUGACGCCUGUCCACAACGGGUCGCCGGUCUCAGUAACCAGAAAUAUGUCUCCAAGUAUUCGAUAUUAUUCCCAUGAAAUUGGGACAAAAUGUGUGUCCAUUCCAAAUGGUUAUAGCUCCCCCUCGCCAGUAAUUGCACAGAGCACAGCUUCGUUUUCUGCACUUGCUGAGGCCUCAUCAAGCGAUAGCAAACCGCCCCUUAGGUGCUCAUCAUCUUAUUCAUCGUCAUCGCGUUCCAUGUCACCAUUUACUCCACCAUCCGCAUCAUUGCCAAUUCAAGAGACCGAACAGCCAAUAGAUUUGUCUUGCAAGAAAGCCAACCGCAAGAUGGCCCUGCAACAAAGCACCUCUGGUGACAGCGUUGAAGGCUUUGGCGACGGUCUUGGGCUGUUAAAUAUGCCCUGUUGCCAAGUAGAUGGUUCUAUAUUGAAGGUUUUGCUGGAACGUUAUAAGAAACCAUCUACAUGUUCGGGCCCCGUUACUGAGACUUACAGAAUGGCAGAAGUAAAGGUUGAUACGAAGCUCAAACCAUCUCAAAUUCCCAGCAACACUCCAGUGACACUCGCCAAGAAAAAUCUGCAACCAGUCAGUUCCAGGGUUUCAGACUGGGUGACGAAAACCUUUCAGUUUGCCAAUUCUUUGGAAAAUUUCAAGCGACUUACAAUUAGAGACAAAGCUGGGCUCAUAAACGCGUCUUGGGCUCGGCUCGUCCUACUGUUUAUGUCAGAGAACAACUUUCAGUUCGUGGUAACUCCUCAUUACAACGACGUAAGCGACACAGCUUCGGUUGCGUCUUCCUCGUCCUCCUCAUGCUCCAGCUGUCAGUGUGGGAACUCGGUCAACCAAGACACGCCCACCGUGGGGAGAGUGGAGGAGAUCGAGCGUGUGAUCCAAAAGUUCAGGAAUCUCGGUCUGAACAGCCGUACUUUUGACUUACUUAGGACGGCCGUCCUUUUUCACACUGGAAGUUUAGAGCUCACCGAUCGCGACCACAUUGAGAAAAUUUACCAAAGCGUCUUCCAGCUCCUCCGCGAAGAUAUUGGGACCACGGGUCCCGAAGAAACCUUGAAAUACACCCGACUUCUCAUGGCUCUGCCCUCGCUACUAAGCGUGAACGUCAGGGUGAUAGAGAACCUGUUCUGUGGACAGUUAAAGUGUAGCAAUACACAUCUGGAGGACCUAUUGAGAAGUCUACUCACCUAGAGAAUGCUAACAGUAUGUGUGAUGUAUAGUUUCCUUUGGGGGCACGUCGGCUGAAUCCGUCCCUCGAAUCAUGAGCCACGGAAUCAUCUGAAAGGAUCACCCAACUGUGGAGGGUCUAGUGUCUGAGAUAAAUGUAAUGGAACAGAAAGUGAACUGCUCUAAACAGUGACAUAUGUGAAUGACACGACAGACUUUCCGGUGGACUUACGUUUUGUCAGUUCACUACGUGUAAUUCCAUAAAUGAUACCCAAAAUCAGCCCAGGCUUUCCGAUUGAUCGCAAUUACAGUAUAUAUAUACUGUAAACUGGAAGCUCAUUAUGAUAGGAACUUCUUCCUCGACCAAUGCUUAUUCCGAAAAAUGGUUUGAGUGAUGUUGAAAAUGAGGUUUCUGUUUCAAGGGUUAGGGGUGGGCUUAAUUAGUGAUAACCAGGUGUGUGUGCGUGCGUGUGUGUGACUUCAUUUUAAGAUAUAUUUAUUUCAACGUCGACAGUUUGUCAGGGCUUAGUUGAAGUGAUCUCAGUUUUAUGUUUUAUGAUUAAAAACACGUAGAAAUUAUUUUGAAUUGGACAGCAUAAUGAACCACAGACUGUAAAAAUUUACCAAAUGUAAACACCCAACUGUUGAAAACCUAGCAAUCGGAGCCCGUCAAGAAUACAACGAAAAAAGAAAGUACAGUUCUAGACAGAAACAAAAACAAAGACGAAAUACUGUAAGCAGUUGACCUCCUUUAUCUCCAUUUAUACGGUCUUCUAGUUGGCGCGUGACGUCAUGUUGACGUCGAAAUGACGUGAAAGUGACGUUUACAUGAUGUGUGUCCUUUUGCGCUUACGAGGAUUGCAAUCUCUCAGGCCCUGAUUUCAUUUCGAAUGAGGUGCUUUCAAUUUGAUUUUAACUUAUUUUCAAUGAUGCUGUUGUCGUUAAGUUAAUGUUCAACGUGUAGAUGGACAUAACAAUAUUUAUCCAUUUUAUUUUCAUUUGUUUGCUAUUUGUCUCAUUUGUUGGUGAUUUUAUCCCUAAACAAAUGAAUACCCUUGCAUAUAGAACAUGCUUUUAUUCAUUGCUUUUAUUUAUUGACCGAAAAUUUGUUCGCACUUAGUUCUUUUGAGGUACCCCGAAUGUGUGGAGUCUUUAUUCAUCAUGCUUUAGAAAUCGUGGAUAAAUUAAAGAACUCUAUUUUUACCUCAUCACUUUUUGACUUAUUUAUAUCCUCAUCUUUUGUUUUAGAUAAUCACUAUUGAUAAGAUUUACCUCGUAGUCAUUUGAUGCACUGAACCAAUUGUAUCUACACUAUAACCACAAUUGUUGGUAUUUGGCUAUUUCCGUAAAUGCAUGCAGUAGUAUGUUGGGUUUUACGGAAGUAACUUAUUAAUUACUAGUUCUACCUCCGUAGAUCCUAAACGUUUUUGACAAGAACAUAUAUGUUUAAAAUUUCGGCAUUGUUUAUGAAACGUAAGUUAAGUUAUUUAUUUCAUCAAAAAUGAUUGGAUGUGUAUAGUUUCUUACCUCGUUACGCAGAGGACACCGUACUCACUUUGAGAACGAGUCAGAAAACACAUGAAAGGUAUUCAUCAGGAUCAUUUAAUUCGUGUCCUAGGUUUAGAAUUUUAAACAUCUUGAGCAAAACAUUUUGGAUCUACCUCUCUUAUGUAAGUGUGACCUCAUCUUACUUAAAAAAUUAGUUCACGCAAUCUCAUUGCUAUUAUUUACCAGCACUUCCCUUGUCCCACUACAACUGAAAGGUGCGUUUACAGUCAACAUGGAAAUCAUCUGAGAUAGGCCUAAGCCACUUUUGACUGGAUUUGGAGAAGGAUGGGGUGGGAAAUAUCACAAUCAGUUGCAGAACAGCACGAAUUAAACAUGUAAUGCGUAUCUGUUCUGUAUUGCUUACUAAGAGUUGCAAUCUUAUCGCUACAAAUUAUGUUACCCCCCCUCCCAAAGAUCUUGUCAGUCUCGUAUGACGUCACGCUGUGGUGACAGUCUUAUUUGGUAUCUUAGAUGAUUUCGAACUAUCUCAAGGUCGUUUGAUUAUUCAAAGCUCACCAGAGGCAACAAAUGAGUCCCACAGUUUCAACGUUCACCGCUGAACCAGGGGACUUACUUCGGGAAAAUUAGUUUACCUGCCGCCUUCAGAGAGCUUAAUCAGACGACCAGUGGAAGAGAAGUUGCACCCACAGGACUAUGUGUUACGUGGCUGUAAAUGUGCCUUUAGAGUUGUGAUUUCAUUAUUCAUAGCAGCAAAACUAUUUGCAGAAAUGCCUGGCGUUAAGCCGAAAAUUGUAACUUUUUACAUUUAAUGUUAAAGGAUAUUUUUAUUUUUCGCGAUUGAUAGAUGGAGUUGCUCGUAAACUGCUGAAAAUGUAUUCUUUUGACAGAGUUCCAUAUGUUUACUGACACUGAUUGUUUGACAUUUCAUUUUCUGUUCUGGUUAUUUGUAUUGCUUAGGUACAAGAAUAGAACAGUUUUAUGAUGGUACAUGUUGGUAAAAGAGAAAGAGUAGCAACAUGUCAGUAGUAUGAUUUAAACAAUAAUAAGAUGACGAUGUGAAGUAUGCUUACAGAAGUGCACUGACCGCGUUUUCGUACGAAAAGUUCUGUUGCCAACACCUCGACAGAGAGGUUUUUGUUUGGAGGGUCCCAUGACUGAUAUUUCGGUUAUUUAAGUAAGUGAUAGGACGCGUGUUUAAUAAACAACCUGGUUUGUCGGCUGUGGACAAAAGCAGUGCGAGCAUGUUCAAUUUCCAGUCUAGGAACCAUAUUAUUGUUGAAACUUCAAAUGUGUUUGGUAAUUUUAUCAAGUGCGUGUUUUGUGUUUUUCUUUUUAUUAUUGUUAUUAUUAUUUAUAAGUGCUGUGAAUAAAACAGUAAUUUGUGUAUGUGUAACUUAUGUACAUGUGUUAAUAGAUUUAUGAACGUAUAAAUUAUUUAUUUAUUUGGAAUAAAAAGAAAAUAAAGAUAGUGAAAUUUGG